GAUGUCAUAAAACUGAGCCCUGGAAGCAAAACGGGACGAAGAAGCAAAUAGGGCAGUGACAUGCACCGUUGCAGAAAGUUCCUCCGCUGACAUGUCACUGUUUUUGUGCUUUUCUGUCGGUGCCGUGGCUGUUUACCUGAUAGUUUACUAUGGAGUGUUUCGAGGAAGUCGAUGCUUGAGCCCCACGCAACUGUCCGGGAAGACGGCGAUCGUUACAGGCGGCAACACAGGCAUUGGGAAAGCAACCGCUCUGGGCCUUGCUAGAAGGGGGGCCCGGGUCAUUCUGGCAUGUCGCAACAGGGAAAAGGCUGAAGCUGCUGCUUUUGACAUCCGCAGGGAGAGUGGGAAUAACCAGGUGCUGUUCAUUCAGCUGGACCUGGCAAGUGUUGAGUCUAUCCAUACUUUUGCUGAUACCUUCCUCAAGAGCGAACCCCGGCUUGAUAUUCUCAUCAACAAUGCUGGUGUGAUGGGCUGUGGACGCACUGUUGAUGGUUUUGAUUUGACUCUUGGUGUAAACCACCUGGGUCACUUCCUGCUGACAAACCUCCUUCUGGACAGACUGCACCAGUGUAGUCCAAGUCGUGUGGUCACUGUGUCAGGUCUACUGCACCGCUUCGGGACUGUGGACUUCUCUUCGCUGACUGCCCGCAGAGAUGUGGUCUGCUCUCAUUCCACAUGGAGUAUGAUACAGGCCUACUGCAACAGCAAGCUAUUCAAUGUGCUCUUCACUAGAGAGCUGUCAAACAGGCUGGAUGGCUCGAGUGUCACCUGCUACUGCCUUCAUCCAGGGGUGAUCUACACACAGUUGUGUCGGAGUAUGAGCUGGUGGCAGCUGCUUCUUCUAUGGCCCAUUGCCAAACUUCUCUUCCUGGACCCAGAGUCGGGUUGCCAGACCACCCUGCAUUGUGCCCUGCAGGAAGGGUUGGAGCCUCUGAGUGGCCGCUAUUUCUCUAAUUGCCACCAACAGCAGGUUGGUGCCAAAGGACGAGAUGAUGCUUUGGCCAAAAAGCUAUGGGAGGUGAGCGAACGGUUGGUGGGUUUGAAUUACUGUGCUCCUUCAGCUCCCAAGUCUGGGUUGAUGUCAUCCGAUCCACUGAGAAAAUGAUAUGGAGUGUUUUACAUUUGGCUGUCUGUUUGACUGACAGGAAACCAAACUGUCUCUUCUAGUAUUAAAAUGGAUUGUGUCCUGCACCAGCUUUAUUACAAGACGUUAUUAUAUUUAACCUGUGGUGUCUGCUGAUUUCUUUUUUCCUUAUGUCUUAGUGGAGUGGACACAGAGUUCAAUGCAUCUUUUUGUUUAUGCUUGUACCGUCGCCCCGUCGCACAUUAUCACUUCAAUGCAUCGACUGCAUUUUAGAUGUGUAUCAGUCAAAUUAUUGAUUUACCAAUUAACUACACGGGUAAUUUCUCCAUUUCAACAUUUUAACUCAAUUUGGUAUUAACAAGGGUAAAAUGGCUUAGCUCUCAUCAAUGUCUGCAAUUAUUCGAUGCAGUGCUGGUUGGCUUUCAAAUCUACCUCAAACCAGUGAGCAGCAAUGGCAAAGAAAAGAACAGUGAAACCCCAGUGCACAGUGGAGCGUGCACUCCUCCGUCUACCAAUUUGACCUCCCGUUGGGGAACCCUAAGCACCUUAAAAGUCCACUCCCAGGCUCAUAUCAGAGCUCACCUUGUCUUAGAAUUGAUCCGCGAGGAGCAACUCUUAGCACUAACAAUCUUUAGGAAUAUGGCCACUGGUCAUUCAGUGGUCUUUUUUCACUCUACAGUAUUUUGAAUUGUUGGACUCCUGCUCCUCAUGCUGUGGAAGUCCCACAUCAUAACAGACUUUUUCCAGAUCAAGUGAAUUGCUGCCAUCUGAACUGUGGAAAGUCCACUUGUGUCAACCACCUGACUGGCCAGAUCAGUGUACAGUUGUCUUCUAGGCUGAGGAGAGACUUUGGAUCAACCACCAAGGAGGUUGUGUUUUCAAUGGUGUUGCUCUAUCUGUGUUCCAAGUGACUUAAAAGGUUGUUAAUGGAUUUCAGGAAAUGUGUGAAAUGGGACAAGGAACAAAUGGUUCCUCCCUUCAUCCCUUCGGUGAGCUGAAGACACAAUCGCCUGGAAAGACUAGAAACCACUAUACGGCCCCUGGGUGAUAAAUAUGCUGCUGUCUUGUUCUUGUCUCUGGGAACUAUCAGACAGGUGGGUUGUUUUAUUAACCAGAAUACCAGAUGCGAGGGGUAGUUUGGUCUCUAAAACAAAUGUAGUUUCUUUAAUAUUCUUCUUCCAAAUCAUUCCAUAUAUUCUGUCAAUACAAUUACUUUUGGUUUUUAGCGCCACAAGUAAAUUACUGGAACAUAAGCACACUUUGAUCAGGUGGAGAAAGCAUCAAAGCAGAACAGAACUUCAAGCUGAAAGAGCAGUGUCAUCACUUAAAUCAUGAAAUGGAGACUUAAUACUAGACACCUCUAUAAAAAAAAUCUUGAAUUAAAAAAAAAUACCUAUGAAAAAUUAUAUACUUCAGAAAGUAACCUGAACUUAACAAAUUUGGAUAUAUUCCUGAAAAACCUUGAUAUUCCAAAAGUUUCAUACAUUUCCUACACGUAAGAAAGCCCAGAAAGUGACUGGUAAUAUCCUUUUGAUUUAUUUAUUACACUGUAUAACGCCAGAGAAAUUAAACAAGUCCAAUCCUAACAUCCCUGAUCUUUGUAAUAGACGCCAGGAAGAAAAAGGAACAUGUUUUCAUUGUCUGUGGGAAUGUUCGAAGAUUAUAGAAUUCUGGGGAGAUGUCACUAAAGAUGUACAGAAAAUGUUAAAUAUUAUAGAACAUGACCCUUUUUGUGUCUUUGAGGGAUUCAUCUGGAUGAUCAUAAGUACAAGAGUGAAAUUAUUUUUAUUAGUCUUUGUACAAGCAAAAAAAAUGCAUCGCGUUGACAUGGCAACGGACCAAAAGUAUCAUUAACUGGACUGACUGACCGUUAUUUUUGAUGGAAUGGAUAACAUAUGGAUUGAAAGACAAAAAAAUAAAAAUAAAAAAUAAAAUAAGGGGCCCUUUUUUGAACUAUUUCAAAAGAAAUCACGUCAGAUCGACUUCAGGAGUCAGAACAAGGACGGUAACUACACUGGACUACAUUAAUUGGUAAAUGUUGAGUCAGUGUUUUGCAUUUUUGUUUGUUUGUUCUGUUUGUUUUCAAAGAUCGUUUUUUUCCCUGAAUGUUUUUGUCCUUAUUUUUAAAAAUGCUAAUAAACAGAAGUUUUUUUUAAAUAUCUAUGUUUUUUGUUGUCUUUGAAUUUUGAACACCCGAGGUCUACAGACACUCAAGUCGAUUGUUUUGGUCAUACCCCUUUUCGAGACAGGUUGACAAGACUGUUGCGUCGGGUUCACUCGUGUUUAACGGCACACACGUCACUACAGUAAAUCAACUGCUUGUCGUACAGCGCCAUCUAUUGGACAGUCUUGAAUAACGACAAUUAUAAAGCACUACGACAUUGUUUUGUUUCUUUCUGCAGAUUGAAUCUAACAGUUCGAUCUUACCCACCGAAUUAACCCAACCUCAAAAAUCGUUAAAUUUUAUAAUAAACCGUUUUUUUUCUCCCCUGAAGGAAUGGUGAACA